AAAUCAGACACACAAACAUAGUUAGUAGUAGGAGGGGUGGCUCUGGGGCAUCCUGCAGUUGCUCGGUGACACUCAGGAGCAGAAGGACCCUUGGGAAAAAUCUACGCUUUCCCUUUGGCUUUAAAAUAUUACGAUUUUACUGCUGGGAUUGAGCGGGAGUUUAUUUGGAUUUAUUUUGUCACAGUGUGGCUCCUGAAAGACCCAUCGGGAGAUUGAAUUGAUUUAACUGCUGCGCCACUGGGUGCAGCCAUAUGUUUUGGCCAUCGGGUGUCUGGAUGUGUGAGAACUGGGGGAGCAAGAAGAGUGACUGACGAGAAGAGACAAAAUCUAACACAGCAUUUGUUUAUGGUGACACAAGACAAGGAGACAUGUCGAGGCCCUCUUCCACCCAGACCACUCCUCAGUUCUACAGGGUCAGCGACAGAGAUCUCACCGAGAUCGAGCUGCAUUCUGUCGAUUCCAUCAACGACCUCCACCGAACACACCCCGAGCACAGCCACAAAGGAAUGAGGGCUCCUCGUCCGGUGUACACACCUUCGCCAAAUGGGAACAUUUACACCUGCGACACGACAGCUGCCAAUCAAAGAGGCCACCCAGGCAGCAAAUCCUGGCAGAGCCGACUGCAGGACAUGCUGACGCCAAGUUCAUCCCGGGCCUAUGCCAUGGGCUGCGCUAUCAUCACUUUGCUUCUGCUCACAGUGUUACUCAUUUUUUACUUCUUAGUCCAGCAGGGCGGCGCAAUACGGAUGCUGACGGAGGCGGUGAGAGAAAAAGAGGCUGCAGCCACAGAGCUGUCACUGCUGAUCCAAGAGCUGCACGCACUCAGGCACAACCUGACAGCCAAGAGAGCGACAGGAGGGACGUGAGGAAGAUAUGCACAGAAAACAAAACACCGACAGCGUUUUCAGAUUAUUACCGUAGAAAUAUGAGAUUGGAGUUUUCUGAAAAACAACUUCUAGGCUUACUAGGAUUAUUUGAGAAGGACUUUUAAAUAAAGCUUUUGUUUAAUGGUGGCAGUGUGGCAGAAGGGAAGUGGUUGAUCUCACAUUGCUUGAAAUAAUGUCCGACCAUUAUGUCAUUGCCACUGUGUCUAAAAACGUACAAGCUGUUUUUAUACUGUGCUGUCAGUCGUUUUGGGUGACUCACUGUGGGCAUCACAGGAAACGCAUAAAGUAGGGGAGACCGGGGAUAGUUGUAACAUUUUUGACAUUUCUGUCUGUAAAUUGGAGCUCUUUUAAGGUAGUGG